AACAACUGGGCGGGGCUGGUCAAAGAAGGCAGCGUAGGUGGGCUUUGGGGUGUUUUGUUUUUUUUACACCAAAGCUGAGCAGUUCAAAGUGAUACCCAGUGAGGAGGAGGACUGAACUCCGCGCUGGGAGAAACCUCGGGGUGAAAGAGCCAGAGACCAAGGAUCCAAACGCGCCAUGCUCUUCGGUUGGGGCGACGGCUCCUACGGGCAGCUGGGCUCGGGCGAGGAAGGGGCUUCCCAGCCGGUUCCUCUCCGUUGCAAUCCGCUAGCGGUUGGCGGGCAAGAAGUGGCCCUGGUGGCUUGCGGGGAGCGGCACACGCUGCUGCUCCUGGCCGACGGGAGCCUGGCAUCUUGCGGAGACAACACCCAGGGACAGCUGGGGAGGAAGCUCCCCGAGGGACUGGAGCGAUGCUACCUGCCAGAACCAAUCCAAGCCUUGGAAGCCCAGACUAUCAUCCACAUAAGCUGUGGAAAGGAGCAUUCAUUGGCCAUCAGCAGCCAAGGGAAGGUAUUUUCAUGGGGAGCUGGUGGUUUUGGACAGCUUGGCACUGGGACGCUAAAGGAUUCUUCAACUCCAGAGAAAAUAGAUUCUUUAUCUAUGUACAAUGUUAUACAAGUUGCUUGUGGACACUAUCACUCUAUAGCACUUACCAAAGAUGGCCGAAUUUUUUCCUGGGGACAGAACAGCCAUGGUCAGCUGGGUCUUGGUAAAAAAUUUCCAUCCCAGUCUAAACCGUGUAACAUUUCCUCUCUUGCUGGCAUCCCCUUGGCUCAGGUGGCUGCUGGUGGGGCACACAGCUUUGUCUUGUCUCAUUCUGGAGUAGCCUAUGGCUGGGGAAGGAACAAUGCACAUCAGUUGGGUUUAAACCAGAAAACUUCAAAAGAACAGAUCUUCAAACCUUACUCAGUAGGUACCCUGAGAAACCUUGAAGUGACUUAUAUUAGCUGCGGAGAUGAACAUACAGCUGUUCUCACCAAGAGUGGCAGUGUUUUCACCUUUGGAGAUGACAGUGCUGGACAACUAGGACACAACUCUUCAAAGACUGGUCCUCAGAAAAUCGAUGAGAUUGAUGAUCGAGUUUCCCACAUUUCCUGUGGAAGUUAUCACACUCUUUGUGUCUCUGCGUCUGGGCUGUUGUGGUCUUUUGGACGUGGUCCCCUGCAGGAUAAGGAAAGUUCGGCAUCGGAGAGCAGACAGGAAGAAAGAAACUGUGUUGACCUCAAUGCUCUUCUGGACCCUAAUGAAUUGUUGGGAGUCCAAGUUUUUGCUGGAGCAUAUGUCAACUUUGUCAAUAUAUUUCAGGCUUCUGCGUCUGCUAAUGCAGCCACCUCUUUGGAAGUCUUGCCUAGGAUCAGUCAACUGGACAGAGGAUUGAUUGAGAAAUGGAAGUCAGCAGAAAUAGGAAGUGAAGCACAGCAGAAUGCUAUAAGGGAGAUAAAAGAAAUUUUUUCCUCACCUCCUUGCUUAACAGCAAGCUUUUUACAAACAAGAUCUGAUGUGUCAAUGGACUGUUAUAUCCCAGUGAAUCUGCAAGAAGCAAGAGAAGUUUUGAAGGAACUUGCUACGACAGAUUGGAUUGCUCAGCAGAUCGAUUUUUCUGUAUUGGACGACCUGACUUCUGCUCUUCCAUGGGAUACUCCUUACCAAGAAGCUCUUGCUAUUUUUCUUCUGGUGCCUGAGUGCUGUGUUGCUCUUGAAGCACAGAGUAUACCGACGCUAGCUUUUAUGUUUGCAGAAGAUGUUAAUAGUCUGAGGGAGGACUGUUCCAGCAUUCUAGUGUGUCAAGUAGUAAAUGAACACCGAGUACCGGACAACAUUUUCGCAUCAAAAUAUGUCGAGUACCAAAUUCGACAAGUUUUGAAGCUGUCGGAAAAUUAUUGGUCCUUGUUGCCCGGUCCGUUUUUAGAGCAAAUCGUUCAAAUGUUGAAGACAUUUGUGUCAGGCAUGUUGUCUUGUUUUAAACAUUUCCCCAGAGACAAGUCAUUGCGUGAUACCCUCGAAGUGCUUAAAAAGCUGUAUAAGGUCAACAUGAAGGCUGAAUGCCAACUGCAAACAAGUACUUUCUGCAUAGACGAAAUUGCUCAAAAAAUUGACCUAAGAGAAGAUUAUUGGAAUUUACAGGGAGACAUUACUGUCCCAGAAGCGAAGUUAAUCUCUUUCUGCCGUUUUCCUUUCGUCUACAACGUAGCAACCAAGAGGGAAAUACUUUAUUAUGGGUCCUCUGAAGAACAAAGGAUAUUAAAAAUAACACGUCGUUAUGACCCUCCAGAAUCCCCUUUCUUGACUCUGGACGUGCGACGCCCCUUUCUCGUUGAAGACACCUGGCACAAGCUUAGUAUAACGAAGGAUACCAACCUGAAAAAGCAACUGCUGGUUCAAUUUGAAAAUGAAAUGCCUUAUUUUGGAGAUAAAGGUUUCGUGGUGGAAUUCUUUUCAGAGAUGUUUGAGAAGGUGGUACAGCCAGAAUAUGGGAUGUUUAUGUAUUGUGAACCCUCUUCCCCAAUGUGGUUUCCUCCCAAGCCUUCUGUGGAGAAGAAUAAAUAUCACCUUUUUGGUAUUCUCUGGGGACUCUCAAUAGCCAACCAAGUCACUGCCUACCUACCUUUCCCACUUGCUCUCUUUAAAAAGCUGCUUAACAAGAAGCCAACUCUCAGUGAUAUGAAAGAGCUAAGCCCUGUCCUAGGAAGGAGUUUGCAGAGAGUUCUCGAGUAUGAACAUGAUGAUAUGGAAGAUGCGUUUGAUCUAUCUUAUUGUAUUUCCUGGGACAGCAUGGAUGUAGACUUGAUUGAAAAUGGCAUUUUGACAGCUGUAAACCAGGCCAAUAAGAAAGACUAUGUUGACAAAUACGUGGAUUAUAUAUUCAACAAAUCAGUGGAUGAUGUUUUUAGUGAGUUCAGGAGAGGAUUUUACAAAGUCCUGUGUGAAGAGCUAGUUGGCAUCUUUGAGCCUGAACAACUAAUGGAAGUGACAAUUGGAAAUGCCAAUUAUGACUGGGAUUUGUACGAAAAGAAUGCUCAGUAUUUGGGCAUAUACAGCUCAACGCACCCAACCAUAAAGAUGUUCUGGGAAGUUUUUCAUAAGCUGAGUUUGGAGGAUAAAAAAAAUUUUCUGGUGUUUUUGGCAGGAAACGACAGGAUCCCUGUGACAGGAAUGCCACCUUGGAAGAUUUCCUCCCCUAAUUUGCCCUCCGAGGAUUUUAUGCCUGAGGCUGACACCUGCUUCCAUUUUUUAUUGCUGCCCAUUUACUCAACAAAACAAAAACUGGAGGAGAAGCUUCUCCAAGCUAUCCGCAACAAUCGUGGCUUUGGGAGAUUUGUCUGAGUCUGAAACCGGAGCUUGAAGAUGCCACCUUGGAAGCUGUAGCCUUCGUUUGACCACAGAUGGGAGAAGAGAUUGUUGCAAGGGGUUUGGGUUAGAUGACUGUUCCAUGAUUUUCUUGCUUGAUUUAGAAAUUAAAAGUUACCUAAAUAUAUAGUACUUUAAAAAAUAUGCUGUUUUGUCUACCAUGUAAUUAGAUUGGGUCAAUAGGUUCCUUUUAAUGAUGUAAAAACAAAAAAUUGAGGUUGUGUGUUAUUAUCUCUAUGCUACUGCACCAAAGAGCCAGUGCUUUUCUGUUUCUUUCCCCCUUUCCCUUAACCUUUUUCCUUUUCCCCUCCACAUCCCCA